CGGAGGAUGAGACGAGACAAACGACACCAUAAUGUACUAUACUGUACUAUACUGUACUGUACUCGCUGCUUGAGGUUUGAGAUAAGGUGACACCUCUACUCACUCACUAACUGCUCACUACUGCGUUACACCAACCACCUCCUGCUGAACCAUGUCCCUGUUGGCGAUGCUGGGGGUACAAGCUGGGGGUACAACAAGCUUGUGGAUCUUCAUGGAUUUCCUGUCAACUUCCUCCUGAGAUAAGAACUGUCGUCUUUACUGCCGCAUAUAUACACAGGAUAGCACCCGAACUUCCCAAAGGUCUACCAAGUCAGAGCUUUUGUUCGGGCACCGUGCUCACGAUGAGCUCUCCAGCUCGAGCCGCCAUUCCCCCAGGGCAGUCGGCACCCUUCGCAAGCGUGACACCCGACGACCACGCAGCCUACGUCUUGAUCUCAACAGCAUUCGGCCUUGCUUGUUUCCUCUUCUUCGGCGGCAUUCGAACCGUUGUCCGUGUCACACUUGGCAAUGGAAUCGGCUUCGACGACCAUUUGUUCUACGCCGCCACAGGCUUUGCCAUUAUUCAGUCGAGCCUCGUCCUCGGGGCAUGUUCCAAGGGCCUGGGAAAAUCACUGUCCCUAGUGUCUCCGGAGGCGGUUCCUGGGGUCCAAAAGAUGUACUAUGCCAGCAACCUCUUCUUCAUUCUUGUUAUUGGUCUGUGCAAGAUCUCGGUCGUGUCUUUUCUUCAUCGCAUCUCGCGCAUGAAGCAGCACAGAUUCAUCUUCGACAUAGCAAUGGUCAUACUUGCGAUUUGGACAUUCGGAGCCUUCCUGACCAUCGCCCUUCAAUGCAAUCUGUCACAUCCGUGGUUGACUGUGAAUGAAAAGUGUCCUGGAGUGCUUGAACGGUGGCAAGUCAUCGGUGCACUAGAUAUCGUGACCGAGGUUGCCAUUGUCGCCCUGGUCGGCUACUUGGUUCAUGACCUUCAGACAAGGCUCUCGAGUAAAGCCACUGUCAUGUCAAUCUUUAGUGUCCGCUUGUUUCUCAUCGUCUUCAUUGCGUUCCGGUUGCACACUUUUGACCAAGACGCAUAUACAACGAACCCCUUUCUCCGAGAAGCCACCUUUAUUGCCUGGACACAGAGUCAGAUGACUUUUGCACUGAUUUCGGCCGCCGUCCCUACCUUUCAGAAUUUUUUGAAGAGCUUGAGUACGGGGUUCGGAGGCAUGGGUGGUGGCGGUGCCAGCCAUGGAUACGGGUACGGCAGCAGCACGAGUCGCAGCCGCCACCGCCUACAGGACCACCACAGCCACAGCAAGAGCUUCCAAUUAUCGACGCUGAGGUCCAAAAGCAAAAGUGUCGUGCUCGCGUCGUCGAUGGACGAUGACGGCCAAGAGGAGUGUUCUUCGGACCGCCACCACGCCAAAGUGUUGUUGGCGGAACAGCUCAGGGGUGGUGCUCCUGCUGCUGCUGCUGCUACUACUACUACGUCUACUACAACAGCGCAGUGGUCUGUGAGUCGAGGGCCAAUAAAUGGUGAAACUACAAGCAUCAAUAGCGAUGAAAGUCAACGUUAUAUGAUCAGAAAGGAUGUCCAGUGGGAGGUUAGAACAGAACCAAGGGACUGAAGUUUGAAGGAGGAUGUUUUGUAUAUAUCACCACAACAGAGAAUCUGUAAUUUUGCCAGGCCGAUUGGAAAGGCUCCUUCCUACUCCGCUUGCCCGAAAGUCAUGGGAUCGUCGACAUUGACAAAACGUUCGAGAAGAAGGGAUUGCUUGCAUUGUAU